GGCGCACAAGAGCCACCCCUCAGAAUACUCCGCGAGCGCCACUACGCCGGUCGUGUGCCCGUCAUUUUAUUUUCCGGCAUUUUUCGUUUCCCUUUCGUUCGUUUCCGUUUAUGAUUUGAGCCGCCACCAUGUCUAAAGGCGACAGCGAGCAGCAGAAUGGCUCCGGCGAGGAGUCCAAGACGAACCUGAUCAUCAACUACCUGCCGCAGAGCAUGACUCAGGAGGAGAUCCGGAGUCUGUUCUCGUCCAUCGGCGAGGUGGAGUCGUGCAAGCUGAUCCGGAACAAGGGGGCUGCUUUCCCGGACGCGUUGAAUCACGCGCUGCACGGCGGCGGCCAGAGCCUCGGCUACGCCUUCGUCAACUACCACCGCCCUGAGGACGCGGAGAAGGCCAUCGCCACCCUCAACGGGCUGCGGCUGCAGAACAAGACCAUCAAGGUGUCCUACGCCCGCCCCAGCAGCGAGGCCAUCAAGGGCGCCAACCUCUACGUCUCCGGCCUGCCGAAGACCAUGACUCAGAACGAGCUGGAGCGCCUGUUCAGUCCGUACGGGCGCAUCAUUACGUCGCGGAUUCUCUGCGAGAACUCUGGAGGGAGGCCGUUCAACGGCGGCGACCAGGGGCUGUCUAAAGGCGUCGGGUUCAUCCGCUUCGAUCAACGCGUGGAGGCAGAGCGCGCUAUUCAAGAACUCAACGGGACGGUGCCCAAAGGAGCUACAGAGCCGAUUACCGUGAAGUUCGCGAACAACCCGAGCAACAACGGCAAGGCGCUGGCUCCACUCGCCGCGUACCUGCCGGCGGCUCUGCGCUUCCCGGCUCCCCUCGGCCGCUUCAGCUCAGGCAAGUCUCUCCUAGCCAUCAACAAGGGGCUCCAGCGCUACUCGCCGCUGGCGGGCGAGCUGCUGGGCGGCGUGCUGCCCGGCGCCGUCGGCUCCGAGUGGUGCAUCUUCGUCUACAACCUCGCCCCCGAGACCGAGGAGAAUGUCCUCUGGCAGCUAUUCGGCCCGUUCGGCGCCGUGCAGAGCGUCAAGGUCAUCCGCGAUUUACAGACCAACAAGUGCAAGGGCUACGGCUUCAUCACGAUGACCAACUACGACGAGGCGGUGGUGGCGAUCCAGUCGCUGAACGGCUACACCCUCGGCAACCGGGUGCUGCAAGUCAGCUUCAAGACGAACAAGAUAAAGACGAUCUAAGCGGCCGUAGCGCGUAGGACGGCACCGCAGCACCCCGGACUUGACCAACACCUCUAUACGACUGUGUCUUCCCGACCACCCGCCGCGGCCCGCACGGGCUCGCGUGUAUUGUAAUUAUUGUAUUCUAGCGAAUGUUCUCCACUCGCUCGUCUCAUCGCCGCCCUCCUCCGUGGUUCAUCGUCUUUGUGUGAAUUGGGUUAAGUGAAGGAGAAAGCCAAAAUGGCGGCAGUUCCGCGUUUACUGCGCAUGUCCGGAUAAGAUGGCCACCGCGGGGGCGGCGGACGGGCUCGCAAUAAAUUAAGAUGCGGCAUCAAAUGCCCGACACCAUCACUCUGACUAACGAAAAUAUCAUACAUAUUGGUAAUAGUCAAUAACAAAAUAAUGAUAUUAAACUUCGCUUAUGAACGGUUGUGGUUAACGAGAAAUAGUUUUGGAAUAAUAAUAAAUAUUAAUUAGCAAUAAUAGCCUAAAUCGUGUAGUGCUAUGCUCCAAUUUUAUAAAAAACCAUAUCGUGUUAUAGUAACGUAACGAGUAGGAGACGGCCACUGCAAUCGAUGCCAAACGUGACCUCCGUCACUUCCUGUUUCCCUGGUACCGAAUUACACGGAGUAUACUCCUCACAGGCACUAGUCUCAUCAGAACUGGCAAACCCUAAUCUGAAUCAUAAAAUGACGGUAAGAUAGCCACUCAGAUGAGCUAUAUCUUUAUAAAGAAUUUUAAGUUUUGCCAGAUCUAUGUUAAAGAUUGGUGACCCAAGGAUCAGUCCCUGUGGGACAACCCCGUCGAUCCCAGACAACCUGGCACUGACGGACCGGCCAAACCCGCCCUGGCCUCUAUACGGCCAAGGAAGGCAUUUAAUCGAAGUAAAAUAGUGUUAUAUUGUUAAAGAUUGGAAAAUAUAUAUUGAUCUAUGUGUAUAUUUUAAUCAUAUACUUAUUACUAAUUAAGGAUGAAAACUAAUCAAAAACUGUGAUAGGUUUUGAUAAAAUUUUAAAAAUGAGAAAGAUCUGUCAACAGCCGCGCGUUAACACUGACGUAGGGUAGAUUUUUGAGAUUUUUGCUUGAGAAAAUAACGUGGGAUGGGACUCCAAAUGAUACGCUUAAAACACGGGUGACUUAAGUCGCGGUGUCGGGAACCUCGGAUUUGACACGUUAUAUGUAUGUAGGUAUUUGAAAGAUGGCGGAAGGAUGGUGUAAAAUCGAUAGAGCUCAGCCGGCCGGGCCCGGGCGGGGCGCGCGCGGGGCGCGGGGGCGCGCGGGGGUGUGGGGCGCGGGGCGCGGGCAGGGGGGUAGCACACUCCUGGGUCACGGGAAUAAACUCCUACUUAGGAAACAUGGUGCAUAGACUAGUCUUACGAUGCAAAUUUUACGUCGAUGUCUUAUAAACAUAUGAUCGGUACCUGGUAAAAUAAAUUAAAAAACAUAAUAACGUACGGAUGCGGACCUGCGUCUGUUCGAAUGUAGGCUUUAAUUGUCUUAGUCUAAAUGAAAAUUUGUAAAUAAAAAAAUAAUGAUGAUUUAAAUAAACACGGAAACGCCAUCGCGCCAGCAGCGAACUGUCGCUACAAUAUAUAUCAGAUAACGCAAUACUUUACGACCCGAUAAAGACCUAUAAAAAACAUCGAACUUGAAUAGAUUUAUAUAUCGUGCCGUCCUAACGACCCUACGAUUUUUGUAAAAAAAUAUAUACCUAAUAUAUGUAAAAAAAAGUUUUGUAACAUUUCAGAUAUUAACUAAUAGGUACUCAUUAUUACAUACCAAAGAUGGAGAUUAAAUUUACAAGUAUUUAUAUAUUUAUUAUAAUGGUAAAACGUGCAAUAACUAAUAGCCAGUAAUUUAAUAAAAAUAUAUUAAAAUAAAUGACUCUGAGAGGCGUUGCGUUGUAGACAAAUUGUCGUGUCGGUAAAUGUGUUAGUCAAGACUAUUCGUUUACUUACAAUUUAUUGUAAUCGUUUAAAAUACGCGGUUAAAACCAUUUUUCGAAUUUCAUUUAAAAUCUUUAAAAAUCUCUCACCAAAAAAAUAUCUAGUUUCGUCGCUUUGUUCCAUGAUAGCUGCAGAUAUGUGCUUCGACAUUCCAUCUCAAUUUAGUCGUAUAAUACCUAAUUUACGUUUUAUUAGAUCGUACUUAAUUUAGAUAAAAAUGUGAGUUACCUUUAUUUAUAAGCUUCAUUCUAUUACGUCACUUUAUUGUAUGCGGAAAUGUAACGGAACGAAUUUGUUCCAGAUUUCUGGUAGAGCCGUAGAGUACCAACAGGUAGCGCGACACUCGGGUCGGCAGUUCAUCCAAAAGAGAACGGUCCAGAAGAAAAGAAACUCGAGUUUUAAAGUGACGUUUUGGAAGAAGCAUCGAUGUUUAAUUAAUUCAAUUUAAAUUAUAAUUAUAAUAUAUUAAGCGUAAGGUCGGCCAUCCCUAGUCAAUCAACUGAGGUGGUCAUAGCAGCACAAGUUUUGCUAACCGACGUAUUAUUAAUAUAUAUUAUUAUCAACGUGGUAGUCGUCUUUUAUUAGGUUAUAAUUAUGUAAUAAUAGUUGUUUUGUGUUAAUAUAUAUUCAACAUGGAGAUUACAACUAUUCUCACUAGUCAGUCCCUUAGAUGGGGCGUAAUUUAUAAUAUGCAAUUUAAAAGUGAAUAGUUGGACUUACGUAAUAACAUAAAUGUUGAUAUAAAUAAUAACCGUAUGAUAAUUUCUCAUGUAUUCUUUGUUCUUAGUGUUACUGUAUAAUUUAGUAUUACGUGCAAUUAUGUCAUUGUAUUUUAUGUGUAUAUCUAAAUUAGGUGUGCAUUUAACUUAUUUGUAAUAACUUAUUACAUAUUAUAACUUGUCAAAAGAUCGGUUAGGCGACCUAAAUUGAUUUAUUUAUUAGGGAAAAUAUAUCGGGCGAUUUUUCGAUUAGUCGAAAGAGAUCGUUGAAUGUUAAAAAAUCAUUUUAAAACUAAAACCAAUAAUUUCACGUUGAUUUCCGCUAACGUUUGUGUCCAUCUUACCUUGUAUUAGUGCUGUAUAUCGUUUGUAUGGAAACGUGAACACCAAAUAAUCACUGAUAACCAUCGACUAUUUAGAUAAUAAAGAAAUCAAAAGUAUUUUGGAAUGAAAUAAGUUAGGAGUUCAGUAAGGUUUAGGUACGUGAAUAGUAUUGUUCGUGAAUUAGUAGAAUGUUUUGUGGUAAUUCAUGGAAUACUGAUAGCAAACCAAAAAUAAUAAUUAAAAUAAUAGAAAAUGCUCAAUAGUGGAUGAGCCCAGCGGGCAAGAGCCAAAAAGCAAUAAUAUUUAUAAAUAUGAAAGCGAAUGUGUGAAUUUUUUAAAUCCAUAUGCAAGACGGGUAUUUAACUAACAUAUUUUUAUAUGUAUUUUAAAGUGUAUUGUAACUCAUAUCUUCAUAGUUGUAAACUAUUGUAUUGCAAAACGUUCUACUAAUGAGUUUUGCUAAACGCGAAUCAGUCGAAAGAUAAAUCCGAGAAAACACGUUUUUCAGGAUAGUAAAGUGCAGACCCCAGAGCGAGGCAAGCGAUAAUCACAUCUAUUAUCAAACCAUUACGGCUACUUUUUGAUCGCGGUUUUGAUGCAUUUUAUAUAAAUGUAAAAUAUAAUAAAAUUUUAAAAAUAAAUUUAAUAAAAAUUAAUAAUUGGCAACACAGAAACAAUACUAAUACGCAUAGGCUAAUUUAAACGUGAGGCUGUGAAUUAGCAAAAAUAAACACGUGACGUUUGAUCUUAAUUAAAUAUUAAGUGAAGUCAACACGUGUACAAACAUGGUUGAUGGCCCAUAUGUAAUAAGUAAAUCAAUUAAAAAAAUAUAACAGACGAAAAGAAGCACUUUUGAGCUUGACUGUCCAGCGAUUUUUAAACCAGUGAUGUACAAUACUCGAAAAAGCAGUUAACGCAAAGCAGUUAUUUCUAUGCGGUUAUGAUAGCAGCUUGAUGUGCUUAGGUGAUAGGAACCGCGGCCCCGGGCACGGCACAAAAUGCACAAGGUGACCGGGGCCCAGGCGAUUCCCAUAGUUAAGUCACAAAAGAAGAAAUCAAAUCUUCCAUAGGAAAUAAAUACGUAAGUUUUAAAAAUUCUACACGUGAAAGUAUUUCAAGUCGUUGCGUCGGGACAUUUGAGUCGGUUAAGUCUAGUCAAAUGCUCAAUGAAAAAUACAAACGGCCCCAGUGUCACGACGCAGGAAAAAAACAGUGAUAAAAAAGCAAUUUAAAUUCGGCAAAAUCUUUUUUUAUAGCAUUGAAAUAUAUUUCACGCCGUAGAAAACUCGAGACAUCGACUAAAUGUGUUACUAUUACUGUACGUGCAAACGUCAAAAAAUCUAGCUAAAGUUUAAUAAGAGAAGUAAAAAACAUUGCACAAACCUUUUUCGGCGCUGCCACUGGCUAUAUUGUUGUAAAAUUAUUCAAAAAACUCUUACCAUUUGCUCAUCACUAAUACUUCCUGUCUUUUUCGAACGGUAUCUAUGUAGUUGUAGCUUUUGAAUCAUAUUUUUCAAUGGUAAUUUUAUGAGAUAUAGCUCUGAACCGUGGCAGCUGUUUAACCCCCCUCCCGUAUGUCACUAUGCUCUCAGUAUAGACAGUGAAACAAACAAUCUUGUCGCAUUUGGCUUAGCAGUAACUUCACUAAUACAAACUCAAAAAUGCUUGUUUUCUAGCCAGAUACGACCCACCGACGCAAAUGUAAAAGCAACAAGAACAGCGAUGGAAAUCGAUUGUUUUUUUUUAAGAAAUCAAUGGAGUCGAGUAAAAAUCUGAUUGCAAAUUAAAUUGUAAAUAAAUGAAAUAGUGUCGUCAAAGCUCUUUUCACGGGCUGCGCGAUUUUGAAGUUACCAAUAGUUUCGAAUUUAAAAAUAAUUAUUAAAAAUAUCAAAUAAUAUCAAUUUCACUGUCUAUUUAUUAGAUUUUAUUCGUUUUCGGUGUUGAUUCCUCUAUACCUGCAUGGCUGGUGAUGUUCGCUUAUUUCGUGAAUUUGUUCCUUAAAAGGUCACGAAAUAAGGAUGAAUUUCGUUUGCGCUGUAGCAUGUGAUACUCAUAGUAUGUUACCGUAGUGGAUCCCCAUUGUAUAUCUCUCCUUUAACGUAUUAAACUCAGGAAAAGUACGGACUUGAUCUUCGAAAGCCAUCCAACAAACACAACAGAACCAUAAUUUUCGACUAACGGUUUAACAAAUCAAUUCAUAUUAUUCAAUCCAAACAUUAACAGAAUCAUUCAAAAGUUACAGUAAGUUGAGCCCGCACUUCCAAUAUUAACUGAGUAAGAGGGUAAGGCUAGAAAUAAAUAAAUGCAAUGUGUAAGAUAAGAAUCUCAAAGUAUUGAAUAAGUAUUUUAACAACUUCAACUUUAAGGUGUACUAGACAAUGAAAGCAAUGAUUAUUUAUAAUUAUAAAUGAAAUUAUGAAAAAAAAAUUGGUCAGCCAUUUUUCUCGUUCGUGCUAGCUGACUUCACUUUGAUACAAAUACGUAUUUUAUAAAAUUUUGAAAAAAUUAAAUACAAAAAAAUAUAUAAAAAACACUUAAGAUCUUCCCAGUAAUGAAUCAAUGUUGAAGUUUCUUUUCGUCUUUUUAUGAUUAUUAUAUAAAAUUAAGAAGUAGGUGUCUGUGUUGGUCAUAUUAACCGUAUAAUUUAGUUGGUAUGUACCUAAUUGUUAGGUAUUUCGAUAUAUUGUGUCAGAAAAUAAUUACCUCUAUUUCAGUAUAGCUUUUGUGGAAUAAAUCGUUUGAGUUGCACAACAAGUAGCGAUGAUUAAGGUCUUCACUGUGCUGAGUUCGCUCCUCAGAAUGUUCACCAACACUUGUCUAUGGUCCGGCGGAUCUCAGAACAAGUAUUCGUGAACAGCGCGCCCGCGAGAAGGCGUCGAGCGAAUGUUAACAGUUAUUCAGCAUCAGUGUGGUUUUUAGUGUUUAAUGUUGUUCCCAAUAAUUUAUAAGAACUCUCGUUUAAGAACUUUUGAAUCAUUGUAAAAGUUUUCCAAAAUUAUUAAAUAAAUAACAGGAGCUUUUUAACGCUCUCGCGUUGAGCAAAAAGCAGUUAUUUUGGAAAACUGCUACGCGCUAAUUUUUUUCUUACAUAGAAUUUUUGAAAUACUCAUUCCUAAAAGUGUAAGCAUUAUUAACCAUAUAUUUACAUCUGUAGACGUUACUUGGCUGUUUUAAGUAAUUUAAUUAAAUAUUUUAACGUAAUUUAUGUGUCUAUAAUUAUUAAUUUAUUGGACUUAAUUAUAAUUGAACGUAAAAAAAAAUUAAAUGUCACAUUUUCUUCACUUUAUACAAUAGUUUUUACAAUAUGAUAUUUAAUAUCCUCAAUGGUUGUAACUAUACAUUUCUUGUUCUAAAUAUAUAAAAA